AACCAUGAAAGCGUUCUUGUGUGAAGCCAAGCCACACAGCCUCUGUUCGUUUGUUGCUCCUUGCAACACUUGCUUGAAGCCUGGCAAGAUGAAGAUGAGCCAAGCAGCCUGGAGGCUGGUUCAGAGGAAAAAAGAAAAUGGGUUAGCAGUGGGAUGUGGGAUUUGGGGUUUGGAGGCAGAGUUGGAGAGAGAAUUGGAAGCAGAGAUGAAGCAGAAGCGUGAAGGAGAAGGAGAAGAGGAGAGAAUUGAAAUGGCGAGGUUCAGGCAUAAAUGUGGGGAAGGGAAGGGGCUGGUGGAGCUGUUGGAGUGUCUGGAGAAGGAAGCCAUAAUGGGUGAAGAUGUUGGGAAGGAGCCUCUUGAUUACAACAGAAGGGCUCAGAUAUUUGAUAAGAGCUCCAGAGUCUUCCAAGCUCUCAGGGAACACAACUCUGCUUCUUCUCCUCAACAAUCUUCACAAUGAACAUCCACCUCACUCUUGAUCUUGAUCUCCAUUCUUGUAUUUCCAUUCCACCAGUUUUGCUUUCUUUCUUGGUUUCUUUCUUGUUAUGUUAAUAACUGUUCAAUGUGUACAAGAAAGGGUGUUUCUGAAGCUUGAUUUCUUGCUGUCACAUAGCAUAACUGCUACAUUUUGAAAGCUAUUCUUGGGCUUUCCAAGAAGCUUCUAGUGGGAGUGGGUUAUUGUUUGGACCCACUAUAUUCAAUCGUCUUUCUGAUACUGCUAUAACUUUUGCGAUGGUCCUGUUUCAAUCUUCAGAUUGAAUAAUAUCUCUAUUCAGGUUCUUUAUUUAUGCAAUAACCAUCCAUUA